ACAUUUCGUUCGGAGCGGUGCAGCUUAUUUGAUGGUCAUUGCUGGAAAUCCAUCUUAUUAGCCUGCCAAGUGUCGAUCCAAACGGUAACGGUUUUCGGGUAGUUCCCGGGUUGCGGUAUCCGGAAUUCCGCUGGACAGUUCAAAGUUCAGUGACGUGGUCGGUUAGUGUGUAAUCGUCGUAUUAACGGGUGGAAAAGAUAGUGGCUCGUCCAUCAAGAACAGGAAUAAAGUGAUCGGGAUCUUCGCAGAAGGCAGAGCAGUGGAAACCUUAGCACCGAAUUUUCCGCCAAGGCCGUGCUGAUCCCAGGAGCAGCCAAAAUGCCUCGGAGCAACGCUGGUCUCGAAUAUUUGGUGACCCUCGGAUACACUUUGGUUAUCGUGACGGUGGGUAUCAUGAUUUGGGCAUCGAUGGUUGGCGCCCGAGAGAUCGACGUGUCCCAGCACCCGCCGUGCUUCUUCAAUGCUCUGUGCAGUUGUUCCAAGAGCUCCCCGGACCUCGGAGUGGUAGACUGCCGGCAUGUUCAUUUUCCUGCGGUACCAAAAGUCAUCAACAGCUCAAAACUGUUCAUGUUGCAUAUGGACGAUACAGGACUCCGCGAAAUGGAGCCGUAUUUCUUCCAGGCUACUGGACUUUACAAACUGCACAUAUCGAAUAAUCCCCUUGCCAAAGUUCCGGACGAAGCUUUCUAUGGACUUGAACGUUCACUGUGGGAGCUGGUGCUGGAGAACAAUCAUCUAACGGAGAUACCUUCCAAAGCAAUUCGUGAUCUGAAGAAAUUGCGACUUGUGAGUCUCCGGGGGAAUGACAUCACCACUAUCGAAACUGGCGCGUUUCGAGGCUUGGAGAGAUCCCUCCAAUCACUGGUUCUUUCCGAUAAUUCCAUUUCACUUUUGCUACCCGGUAGCAUAACUGGUUUGCCAAACCUAGACAGUAUCGAUCUUAGCGGAAACAACCUGGCAAAUAUCGAUGCAGCCGCUUUCAAAGACGGUCUUGGAAAGUUGUCGAAAGUUUAUCUGAGUAACAACUUGCUAAGCCAUAUACCAUACAACGCAUUACAACCUCUGAGAUUGUUAAGGGUUUUGGAUCUUUCCAACAAUCUCAUCCGAACGAUAAGUCCAGACGAAGAUAACUCUAAAAUUAGCUAUAAACUCACGCUAGACAUAUUGCAACUACAGUAUAACUCUAUCGAGACAAUUCCGUCCGUAUCUUUCAGUUUCUUUGAUACGGUAAAUGUCACCUAUUUGGACGGCAAUCCAAUAAAACAUAUAGAAGAUAACGCAUUUCGGCAAGCGAAAAUUCGAGACCUCUAUAUUCGGAGCUGUGGGUUGAGUUACAUUUCCCCCGAAGCUUUCUCUGGGUUAGAAAGUUCGCUACAAGUUUUGGAUUUAUCGGGAAAUAACCUGACUCACUUGGAAGAUAAUUUGUUCCAGGGUUUCGAAAACUUGAGGUUCCUCAAUAUUAAGGAUAACAUAAUCAAGCAGUUAGAUCAACGCAAUGCGUCUCCUUUUGCCGGAGUGAAUUUGUAUAAGUUGGAUACAACAGGGCAUCAGAAUCAACCGUUUCCUCUCAAGCAACUAUCGGCCAUGAAGAAUUUACGUUCGUUAGCAACGUCACAUCUGUCGGCGGUUUCUCUCAACCCAGAUGACUUUGUCGACUUUAGUCCAGAACUCGAAGAGCUGAAGAUCACUCGAGCUGGACUGAAAUCAAUUAAAAAUCAUGCAUUCACAAAAUUGCGCGGUUUGAAACGAUUGGAUUUGAGUGAAAACCGAAUCGAUAGCAUAGAAUCGAGUGCGUUUGCCGAAAUCGGCCAUUCCUUGGUGUCACUGCGAAUGUCCCAUGGGUUAGGUUCAAUGCAGCAACUUCCGCAGGACCCGUUCAGACAGCUAACUGGCAUAGAAGCACUUGAUCUCAGUAACAAUAAACUGAAAACGCUAAGUGAUAAUUGCUUUCAUUUCUUGAAAAAUAUUAUCAGCUUGGAAUUACACGACAAUCAGCUGGAAAAUUUACCCAAAGGCAUCUUUCAGCAAGACAUUCACAGCAAACUGACAAUGGUUUCGUUGCGGUACAAUAAUCUUAAACAGGUGCCGGCGCAUACUUUUGUGGAUCUGGAGGAACUGAACGCUAUCUACCUUGACGACAACCGGAUAGAAAGUAUUGAAAGGAGAGCCUUUAUGAACUUGGACAAAUUGAAGCUACUUAAUCUUAGGGGUAACAAGUUGACCAAGAUUGCACCGGAGGCUUUUCAGAAUUUACCGGAGCUGGAAAAGCUAGAUUUAGCCUACAAUUCAUUAUCCACAUUUGACUUCGAAUAUUUCGAUCAGGUCGGUUCACUAGCCUCACUGGACGUUGAUGUAAGUCACAAUCGAAUGGGAGCACUAGGAGAGCUACCAGAGCUCAAUACCAAUGAAUCUUUAUUGUUCACACCGGUAACUGCGGCGGUGAAUAUUGGCAGAGAUAGCGGGUUCGCGCACACAAACAUUAAAUCUCUGAAUCUUUCGAGCAACAAUAUUACAAAGAUAUCCGAUGGUUUCUUUAAACCAGUGGAGUUGUCACUGAUAAAAUUAUCCUUGGCUAGAAACAAACUGACCAAUAUGAGCAGAGAAGUAUUUGGGAAUAUGCCGCACUUGCAGUGGCUUGAUUUAGAAUCCAACAUGAUAAAUGAACUAGAUUUCGACACCUUUUGGAAUACGCGGAAAUUGCAGGUAGUAAAACUAUCGCAUAACAUGUUAUCGGAGGUUCCCAUGGAAUUGUUUCGGAAUGCCCGCAACCUUCGGAUUCUUGAGAUGGCCCACAACAGUUUGAAAUAUUUACCGGAUAACCUAAUUUUAGAAGAAGGGCUGGAGUUCUUGGACUUAUCGCAUAAUCAGUUCACCAAAAUCCCUGUUACUUCUCUGUCGAAUUUAGCAGCGCUAGCCUUAUGUGAAUUGGAUUUGAGUCAUAACCACAUCGGAGCCAUUCACAGUGUGGAUCUAUCCAACAAAUUUAGAUCUCUAUCUGUAUUGGAUCUAUCGCACAACCGAUUGGUCAGACUAGAAGACGCGGCAUUUGCAACUCUUCCUCGACUGUCACUGUUGGAUCUUUCUCAUAACGAUGAGCUGGAAGUCAUGGGCAAAGCAUUCAUUGGGUUAGAAAAUAGUCUAAUCGAGCUUCGACUGGCUAAUGUGUCCCUUAAUGCAGUCCCGGAAUUGGCGAACCCUUCACUUCGUAUCCUGAAAAUAUCACACAACGAUUUACCUUCUGUUCCACCGGAAUUAGCGGCUAAUAUGUCUUCGCUACGGGAGCUAGAUCUGUCGGAAAAUGAUCUAUAUCAUGUUCCGCUGAUCACACAUUCGCUUCCCAAUUUGAGGUCUUUGUCGCUAGCGGGUAAUCCGAUAACAAUGAUGACGAACACCAGUCUGCUCGGAGCCGCCGACACCUUGGAACAUCUUAAUAUCGCCAACUUGAAUUUAGUUAUCUUCGAAAACGGACUUUUGAACAAGCUACGAUACUUGCGAACGCUUCGAGUUUCCACUUAUCCCAAUAUUCAGAACUUCAACAUACCUCGCAUUCUGGAGAACUCUCACAACCUACGAGAACUGUGGAUCGAUGCUCCAAAGCCACCUCAAGAUCGGUCCGAUUCAGGCGGAUCAUCGGCACCGAGAACGCCAAAAUUGGCUUCCGUUCCUGCUAGCGACAUGCGCCGCGAAAUGGAAGGACUACUGCCCCGCAAGCUACAGAGCAUAACCUUUAGUGGAUCAGGAUUUAACAACUUGGCCGACAAUGUUCUAACGGGACUUCAAUCAUCCAGUUUAUAUUUAACUUUCUUCAAUACCUCACUGGCAAACUUGCCAACCAACUUUUUCAAAAACUUGGGGAAAACUGUAAGGAAUAUAUCCCUCAAUUUGGAAAGUAGCAAUCAGUUACUAAAAUCGGUGCCGAAUCCGAACAGUGCACAUUAUUUGCAUUUGCCAGAACACGUUUUUCUAACCGAUUUGAAAAUUUCGGGGAAUGCAUUGUCAUGUGAUUGUGAAAUCGGCUGGGUCGAGUUUUGGCAACGCAAACGACGACAGUACAUUUGCCCGGCACAUCCCUGGAUAGAAAAUAGCAGUUUCAACAGCUACUUCAAGCAUCAAGCGUUUUCAAUAUUUUCACAGGAUCGAGACAACUGCGAUGACUCGGCAGACAACUUGCGAGAGGCUACGUGCAGUAACAAAAAGGACGAAUCACUGCUGGAGGUGUUGAAGAAAGAUCUGGAGUGUGGCUGGGGCAGUAUGGCGCCCCGGCUUGGAAUCGUUCCGGCGAUAGUAUUCGUGUGUGUGUUUGUUGUGCUGCUGAUGUGACUUACCCGGACCUUGUUCAAGAUGUACAGUGAGUUCUAUGACCUGCUCGAGAAGUUGUAUAGUGACCGUGUUGUAAUCAAUGGAACCGUGACUGCCUAUGUAGAUGAGACGUGCGAUUACGGAAGUGAGUUCGAUCUUGAGUUGGAAGAGUUAUGAGUGCUCUUAGUUUAGUUAGAUUUUCCGUUUAUUUUGUUCACGUAAGGAAAUUGUUUCCAUAUUUUGUGAAUUCAACGUGCCAAGCUUUAUGAAAUAAAUAUUUUUUGAUUAGCGUA